AGUGAACAGCAUCAGUACAGAGUGAAGAGGACUGCAGAGAGGCAGUAAGGCACUUGCAGCACAGACUGUGGAUCCUGUUUCCUGACUGGGACCAUGGCUGGGAAGAGAGCGCACUCCUUCGGUUUGUUCCGUGGAUUACAGGCUGAGUGAGAAUCCACUGCGCUUCUCUGGACGCUUAUGACAAAGCAUACAGCGUGACUCGGAAGCAUUUGAGCUUCUACGAACAUCAACCCCCCCCCCCACAAAAGACACAAAUGUUGGCAUUUUAAGGGGCAAGAUUUUCCGGACGCCUUUUUUCAUUUUCUUUAUUUUUUUUUUUCCACUUUUACGCACUAAGGAGUUUCGCCUGCUGGGUGUUAUGGGCGGAGAAUGUUGAGAUUUGGUCAACAACUGGACAGUGAGCCUAAUGUUUUUUACUGAUGUAUUUAUUUCUUUUUUUACCCAAGUGUACUUGUUUUCCCGGCCAUGAUUGUGCUUUUGAUCGCUCUGUGCUUCACGGAAGGAGCGCUCUCUCAGAUCCGCUACUCUGUCCCGGAAGAGGCAGAGCAAGGCACGCAGGUGGGGAAUAUCGCUGAAGACCUGGGGUUGGACCUUACAAAACUGGCCUCCAGGCGCUUCCAGGUAGUGCCUAGCUCCCGAACGCCAUACCUGGAAGUGAACCUUGAGAACGGCAUUCUGUUCGUUAACGAUAAAAUCGAUCGGGAGCAAAUCUGCAAGCAGAGUGCCAGCUGCCAGCUCAACAUGGAGGUGUUCCUGGACAACCCGCUGGAGCUGUUCAGGGUCGAGAUCGAGGUGGUGGACAUUAACGACAACCCUCCAAACUUCCUGGAGACAGACAUCACAGUGGAGAUCUCAGAAAGCGCAACUCCUGGCACCCGAUUUCCUUUGGAGAGUGCGUUUGAUCCGGACGUGGGCUCUAACGCGUUGCGCACAUAUGAUAUUACAACCAACAACUACUUUUAUCUGGACGUACAGACCCAAACGGACGGAAAUAAGUUUGCAGAACUUGUCCUGGAGAAACCGCUGGACAGGGAGCAGCAGGCAGCGCAUAGGUACGUGCUCACUGCGGUGGACGGCGGCCAGCCUCCUCGGACUGGCACCGCGCUGCUGGUGGUUAAAGUGUUGGACUCUAAUGACAACGUGCCAGUGUUCGAGCAGCCCGUCUAUACGGUGAGUCUUUCGGAGAAUGUACCGGUGGGCUCGUUGGUCAUCCAGCUAAACGCCACGGACCUAGAUGAAGGACUGAACGGGGAAAUAGUUUACUCCUUCAGUAACCACAUUUCCAGUCGCGUAAAGGAGCUGUUCGGCAUAGAUCCGCGCACCGGGCGCAUCGAAGUCCGUGGGGAGAUGGAUUUCGAGGAGAGCAGCCUCUAUCAGAUCUUUGUCCAGGCCAAGGAUCUGGGGCCAAACGCGGUGCCUGCGCACUGCAAAGUGCUGGUCAAAGUGACCGAUGUGAACGACAACGCACCGGAAAUCACAUUCAGUACCGUCACGGAGUCUGUGAGCGAAAAAGCUGCUCCCGGUACAGUCAUCGCCCUGUUAAGUGUGACGGACCGGGACGCAGAUGACAACGGACAGAUCAACGUGGAAAUUCUUGGCGAUGUUCCGUUUAAAUUAAAGUCUUCUUUCAGGAAUUACUUCACCAUAGUGACCGACGGGCUGCUGAACCGAGAGCAGGCGGACUCUUACUCUGUGACUGUGGUGGCGAGAGAUAAGGGAACUCCUUCUCUGGCCUCUAGUAAGUCCAUCCGUGUCCAUGUGUCAGAUGAGAACGACAAUGCGCCCACUUUCACCCAAUUCGUUUAUGAUGUGUAUGUGACAGAGAAUAAUGUACCAGGAGCAUACAUCCAUGCUGUGACGGCCCUGGACCCUGACAUAGGGCAGAAUGCUCUCAUCAAUUACUCCAUAUUAGAAUGUGACAUUCAGGGUAUGUCUGUUAAAACCUAUGUCUCUAUCAACGAGGAGACGGGAUACCUUUACGCUCUCAGGUCCUUUGAUUAUGAACAGCUAAAAUAUUUUACCUUUAUGGUCCGGGCCAAGGACUCAGGUGCCCCUGAGCUUACCUCAAAUGCAACUGUGAAAGUCAUAAUUGUUGAUCAAAAUGACAAUGCGCCAAUAGUGCUUGCUCCCCUUGGGAAAAAUGGAACUGCUAAGGAACCCCUUCCCCGCUCAGCUGAGCCAGGCUACCUGGUGACCCGUGUUGUGGCCAUGGAUGCAGACGAUAAUGAGAAUGCCCGCUUGUCCUACAGCAUUCAGAGAGGUAAUGAAAAUGGGAUGUUUAGGAUGGACUGGAGGACUGGUGAGCUCAGGACAGCAAGGCGGGUGUCAAUGAAGCGAGACCCUCAUCAGCAGUAUGACCUGGUGAUAGAGGUGAGAGACCAUGGCCAGCCCCCACUGUCCUCCAGUGCCAGCAUACUGGUGGUGCUAGUAGAUAGCAUGGCUGAAGGCCGGAGUAUGGGAGACAAAGAGGGCACCAGCAAGGCCAAAGAUGGUGCCUUGGACCUCACACUCAUCCUCAUCAUUGCCCUUGGUUCUGUCUCCUUCAUCUUCCUCCUUGUCAUGAUUGUACUGGCUGUGCGUUGCCAGAAGGAAAAAAAGCUCAACAUUUACACCUGCUUAACUAGCGACUGCUGUCUUGGAUGCAGAUCCUGCUGUUCACGUCAGGGUCGAUCACGCAAGAAAAAGCUCAGCAAGGCGGAUAUAAUGCUUGUGCAAAGCAGUGUUAAUGUCAGCGGGCCCGCAACGGCUCAAGUCCCUGUGGAGGAGUCUGGGAGCUUCGGCUCCCACCACCAAAACCAGAACUAUUGCUACCAGGUAUGUCUGACUCCAGAGUCUGCGAAAACUGACCUCAUGUUCCUAAAGCCGUGUAGUCCCUCUAGGAGCACAGACACCGAUCACAACCCAUGUGGUGCCAUAGUGUCAGGGUACACAGACCAGCAGCCUGACAUCAUAUCAAACGGCAGCAUUUUGUCAAACGAGACCAAACAUCAGCGAACUGAACUCAGCUACCUGGUGGAGAGGCCAAGGCGUGUUAACAGUUCAGCUUUUCAGGAGGCUGAUCUGGUCAGCUCUAAAGACAGUGGCCAUGGAGACAGCGAGCAGGGAGACAGUGACCAUGAUGCCACUAAUAGAGGCCAUUCUUCUGGUAAGAUCGGUGUUGAUCUGUUUUCUAACUGCACAGAGGAGUGUAAGGCCCUGGGGCACUCUGACCGCUGCUGGAUGCCCAGCUUCGUGCCUUCAGAUGGGCACCAGGGCCUAGACUACCGCAGCAAUCUCCACGUGCCCGGCAUGGACUCGGCCCCAGAUACAGAGGUACUUGAAAGCCAGGAGCAAAUGACAGAUAUGUCAACCUCUACAUUUGCGAGGACGAGGGUUUGCUAGCUCUUUCCGUGUGGACAUACCAGAGACUGCGUGACUUUGCACAACCACUCCCUGAAAACUGGCUAGAAAAAGCAUCAAGACUGAAGGCAUUUUGUCCUCUCCUGCUCUUUUCAUUUCCUACCCAGUGAAAAGGAAGCCUACAUUUGCCCGGGGCACACAGGACAAGAAACAACCCCCUGAAGAAGUUUAAUAUUUGCUCUAUUCUGGAGCUGCAUUUCCCAGGUUUAGGAAGCUUCCAGGAUCUAGGUAUUUACUACCAGUCAGACAUGGAGGCGGAGGAGAGGGAAAAAUGGGGACAGGAAAACUAAUAAACGUGUAGCCUUAUCGGGAGGGCUCAUUUUCUCAGCCGGACUGAGAACCCCCCACCCAUAAAAUAAGAAAAAAAAACAACAGAGAAAAACUUCAGUGGCGGAGAGGAAAACUGGACUCUGCUCUGCCAUGUCAUUCUUUAAGCUGUAUGUGCCUGUUUACAGCACUGAUGUAUACAUUGAUGUGGAAAAUCAAAGCAGAUGAUGACAUCAUUUAACAACGUAAAUGACAGCUGAUGAGAGGAAAAGCCCUUUAGGCGUGCUCACACAGUGAAGCGCCAAAUUGUACAGGUGAAUCGUUGUGCAUUUCAAAAUGCAAUACCACUGUUUAAGAUUUUUCUAUUUUGUUGUGUGGUCAGGUGUCACUGGAACAGUCUACUUUUAAAAUGUGUGCAAGAUAUGGAAUUUUCUGUGUUAUUUUGGGUUAUUUUACUUUUAUUUGAUUUUCCUUUGGCUUACACAUUUCUGAUUCUGAGCCAUUGGGUAGUUUCUAUCAUGUCUAAGAACUGUUUAUUGUACUGUUUUAAAAACUUAAAAACUUAAUAUAAAACUCUAUAUAAAUUGAUCUAUAUCGACUUGUUCUGAAGGUGUGCUGUUUGUUGCUGGGCUUUCCUUUUCAGAGGUGUGGCUCUAGUCUAAGUACCCAUGAAGAAAGUUUUUUUCCCCCACUGGACACUACACAGAUGUUACAGCCCUAGCAAGGUUUAUUGUUUAAUUUUAUAUAUUUUUUCCACUUUUGAAUAUUGAUAAAUAUCAUUUCUAUAACUGAAAAAGGUAUUAAUUUAGACUAAAAUUUGUGGUACUUUAGUGUCACAGUAACCAACACGUUUAGGAUGAGUUCCAGAAGGAAGGAAAUUAUCCAAUGUAGAGUGAUGUACACCAUAGUGUUGGAACCCGGUAUACACAUUUGUUUCUCACACGUUACAAACACCAGUAAGCCAACAAUAAAUGCAAAUUAACAAAAA